AUGAGUAGCGCAACAGCCUUUGCGUCCGCUCUGGCGGCUAACCUUUGUGUCACCCUGGACGCCUCCGCGGCUUUUUGCUUCAUGCGGGAUGUUGAGACGGAGCAGCUGCUGGGGGCCUACGCUGUCCGGACCCAGAAGGCCUCUGCUACAAAGGAAUCCCACUUAGACAAAAGCCAGACCGAUUCAAGACCGUUCACACCGUGCCAGGUGACCAUGUGGCUGCAUGAUUAUCAUGGCUCUAGUGGUCGUCGCAGUAACAAUGGAGGCUACAAGGGAUUAGGCAAAUGCGUUGGGACCUUCAUAUGGGCCAAGGAGAAAACACAAUGCCUAGCAAGAAGUUCUCAAGGCAAAAGCCCUUCCAACGGAGCCUCCUUGCGAGAACGGUUGCCUUUGGACAGUCUUGGUACCGCAGUUUCAGCCCUUUUCUCUACUCUGCUGGUCCAGGACGCCCAUGCGAGUAAUUGGGGUGCCCGAGCCAUAGAGCAACUACAGGAGACGCAGUGUGCCAUCGAACGGCCUUCCUCUACUCAGGACCUCAUUGUCGUCUCCUCCGACAGUUUUGUCGGUCAUCUGCUGGAUGAUCUGAGGGAUGGCGCGCGGGCAUUUUUGUACGAUCCGGCAACGGAUACGCUUUCACCGUUGCCUGACGAGAGGAAUUCGCAUCAUGUGAAUGCCUCUUCUAAGCCUUUCAUUGUUCCACCUUCCGACGACCCCCAAGGGGUCCUCAUUGCUUGUCGGCUACAGGAUGAGGGAGCGUGCAGCGCAUGUGAGGCAAUGGCAGAUGCUAGGGUUACUUAUGUGGGGCACUCGAUGACGCGGAGGCUCUCUCCUGCCACAGGUUCAAGCCUUUCUCAGGGUGUGCGAAUGGAAGGGACAGCGGCUGCAACACGGUUGGCAUCUAGCGAAUCCGUUGUCAGCAUGGUUGACGCCUGGAAGUCUUUGCCUUCAAAAUUUGUGCUGACCUCGAUGCCUCAUCAAAGUGGCCUACAACGCUCUCCUUGCCACACCCAGGAAAACAUGCCAUUGUUGUCUUCUGCUACUGUGGAGCCGCCAGCGAUGCCGACGGAUGAGGACCUGCCAGACCUCCAUCAUACUGCAUCACCUCAGAAGUUGGUCGUAGCUCCUCUACCCCACUCUUCACGUAUGGCGAACCCCUCUGCAGAGGAAGAAGAGGCGGAAGUUCUGGUCUCUCCCGGCUCCACGCGUUCGGCUCACCCGGAAACGACACUUGGUGUAAUAUUUUGCAUCAACGGUAGAAGGCCAGAUGCGCAGCUCCUGGUGGAAGCCGUUGCGCAGGUGUGCUCGCCGCCAAUGGCACUUCUGCUGCAGCAGCAGUGGCUCCGUAGGGACAGGUUCAAACGCAUGCUUCAGCUUGAACUCCACAGAACCAUCUUCCAGGAAACAUCCAUUCCUAUUAGGAUGAUGCAGCGGCUAUUGGCGCUCCUGCAUGUUUCUGUAGGGGCUGAAGCAGCUGUAUUCUUUAUCGCUGACGCCCAGAACCGAGAUUUCAUCUGUCUUGGGGGCCACAAGAGAGCUGCGGGUCUCUGCCUACGGGGAGACCACCCCCUAUUAGGGGAGGCCACACGCCAAGGAGGCAGGACGCUUGUAUUCAACUUUCUUCCCCCCGGGUUCAACAAGGAGUACGACGCCCGUGUGCGCUUCGAAACAAAGCAUGCACUACUGGUUCCCCUAUUGAAUACUCAAGGCCACGUAAAGGCCGUAGUUUUACUGAUUAAUCGGAGCCAGUGUUCUUGCGAGCGGCUGGAGCGGCUCGAAGAGGAAGCGGAAGAGCAGUGCGCAUGCAGCCAUGACGUACGCGCUUUCGAGCCACUGGCCCUGGCAGUCGAUGCUUGGACCGCCUCCACAUUACCGUGUCAAAGCUGCAGCAGAAAAAACUUGAACGACCUCUCUUAUGGAGAGGUUCACGAGAUGCUGAUGCGCGCGGUUCAGUGCGAGGUGCAGCACUUUCUGGGAGGGCAGCUGACAAAUGUGUGUAUGGCUGGCAUGAGUCUUCUUCAGCCAAUGGAGACGAUGGUCUCUUAUGUAAUGGGGGGGCAGCAGCGAGGAGGCCGCAAUUCGACGAAACCGUUCGGGGCGGUACUGGAACAAAUUGAGAAUUUCGUCCUUCGCGAUAGAAAGAUGAAGCUGAUGAGGCUCCGGCGAUGCGCAUCCGUGGCGAUGACAGAACCGUCCUCUCCUCAAAGCUUGUCAGAUGCAGACAUUCCUCGUAGGAAGCAAAAGUAUUCUUCCAAUAACCAAAAUCACCAGGGGCCUCCACUGCAAACGAACAGCGCUCCGCUUGUGCUCCUACAGGAGGUGUCUCGGUCUCUCGACUUGGACCAGCGGACAGCAGCCGUUAAAGAACUAGAACAUGCUGGAGAAGAACAUUUGAAACUCCAGUGCAAACGAGCUGCCUCGUUACCCUCGCUGGUCUUUUCUGCAACUCUACAAAAAUGCACCGGACCCUUCGACGCGAUUCGUAGACAGCUUUCCUUAGAGUCAUAUAGACGCUUGGACCUGGACAUUUGGCGGCGGACAGCAGAUGAACUGGAGUUAUUUUUUUUCCUGGCUUUGGAGGAGCUUGGGGUGAUGGUGAAGAGUGAAAAAGCAGGCUUGCAGGCUUUCUUCGGUCUCAUACGGGACGCUUACCAUACAGACAACCCUUACCACAACUUCUACCAUGCAGCGCACGUAACUCAGAUGUGUUGGCUUUUCCUUACACGGUACGCGUGUAGAGAGCUGCUGACGCCAACAGAGCAGCUGGGCCUUCUUCUGGCAGCCUUGGCUCAUGAUGUUGAUCAUCCAGGAGUCAACAACAACAGCCUUUGUGAACAGCAGCACCCACUCGCAAUUAUGUACAACGACAAGGCGGUCUUAGAAAAUCACCACGCAGCUUUUGCUGCUCGCGCCAUGAUGAAGCUUGGAUUGUUUUCUCGUACGGCACAACGUACCCAGCCACAGCCUCUCGUGAGGAAUUCCGUAUCUCUAGGGGAUGCGCCGCUACGCUAUUCGCGUCACCAUAUUAGCACCUCUGCAGAUGUCAGCAGGGAGUCUCAGCAACCAUACAGCGAGUUCGAGGAUCAGGAUGAGGAAGCUAUCGAGGACUUUUACCCUACAUUCGCUGAAAUACGCAGAGUGCUCGUUACAUGUAUCCUCGCAACUGACAUGGAACUAUUUAGGCAUCACCACGAAGCAAUGCGGAAGAGAGUCCAAAUGAAGCGAACGACUGGUGACUCGUUGAAUAGUGAGGAGGACCACGCACUAUUGACCACUUGCCUAAUUCACUGCGCAGAUAUAAGCAAUCCACUGCUGCCAGAACGCCGCAAUGUGCAGUGGGCUUCCUUGAUCAUUCAGGAGUUCAAUGCCCAGGUGGAGAUGGAGAGGCACAAAGGACUGCCAGUGACUGUCUUCAUGGAUGCUCGAACGGAGUUACUCAGAACUCAAUCCCAAAUAGGCUUCCUGUCCUUCGUGGUGCUCGACCAGUUCCGUGCGUUGGCAGACUUGGUGCCUGGUGUGGAGGAAUUGGUGAUGCAAGGUGAAAAGAACUUGGAGGACUGGCAAGCGGCAAUGGAUAUUCUUCGAGAGGCCGAACGUCGAGAUACGUUGGGAGAAAGCAUAACUUCGCUUGAAAUACCCCGAAACUUUACGUUUCGCCUGAAGAACUUGAGCUUCAAAGGCAUUAAUGGGCCCAAAUGCUUCGGUCGCCUGCGGAGUGACAAGCAAGAUGACUGGAGACCGCAAAGUCUGGACACGUGA